AUGUCAUCUCUCAUCUCCGAGCUGGAUGCCAAUCCCGAAAUGCAGCGCCAAUUCGAAACCAUGAUGCAGGAACUUAUCGCCGCAGGCGCCGCACCCUCGGAUCACGAAGCGGGACAACAUCUGAAAGACGCUGCGAGAACGGUCCCAGUACCUGAUCCUUCUCCCGUCCCCCAACCGGGCAAGAAGGCUGCGGGCGAAAAGGAUGGCUCAGCAGACUUCAGCUCCACCAUACGCCGCACAAUGGAGCGAAUGCAGCAUUCCGACUCCACCGCUUCCACCGCCGCCACCGCGCGUGAAACCUCAGAAGAAGACCUUCUCGCGCAAAUGCUGAAAGAGCUCCAAUCCGGCGGUGCGGGAGAGGGUGAAGGAGGGGAGGAAGAUUUCAACAAAAUGCUGCUAAACAUGAUGUCGCAACUUACGCAUAAGGAAAUUUUGUACGAUCCGAUGAAGGAGUUGCAUGAGAUGUUUCCGGGAUGGAUGGAGAGGAAUAGAGAGGGUAGUGGAAAGGGGAAAGUGGGAAAGGAGGAUAUGGAGCGGUAUGAAGAGCAGCAACGGCUGGUGGGCGAGAUUGUGGCGAGGUUUGAGAGAAAAGGGUAUUCAGAUGAUGAUGAGAGGGAUCGGGAGUAUAUUGUUGAAAGGAUGCAGAAGAUGCAAGCGGCCGGUUCGCCGCCGCCAGAUUUAGUUGGAGAUAUGAGCGCGGCGCAGGAGGCAUUGGGCGAUCUGGAUGCGGGAUGUCCGACGCAGUAG